UUGCUUUGGUCACUUACGGGGUUCACGCCAGUUCACCGGGUUCAGUUGAGGAGAGGGCCCGCCCCCUCCUCGUCUUCUCAAAGAGCAACGCACGGAGCUAAUCUAAUAUUAUUCAUUUAUAUAUUGAUGUCGGAUUCCAUUUUCCGAGAUCGGCAGGCAAGAUUCUCUGUGAGCUGUUAAAACCCCAGUUAUCCAUGUGAAUGAAGUCCUAAAUAGGCAGAAAGCAAACAUGAAGCAACACUGUGAUGUCUUAGCAGCUAGUCCAUGACACUCAGCUUCAUUCAGCUGUCUCCACUAUCCACCUGCCCUCUGUUCUCAUCAGACCGGACAAUAAAUCAGUCAUUUUCCUUCCUAUGUAAAGCUUCACUAUGGCCAGUAAGAGAAAAUCUACUGUACCCUGCAUGAUACCAUCCAAAUCCAAACACAUGCGUGAGGAGAUUAUACUGGGCUGUCUACCAGAACUCCUACCAACAAUCCCAGAGGAUAGCAUACUCAGCAUCUCUGGACAAGACUCGGGCCAUUUCCCCCACAACUCCUCCAAAAUUGAUGGUAGUUAUUUGCAGCACAGAGGAGGAACUUAUAGCUGUCAAACCUGCCGUUUUGAGUCCAGAGACCUAAACUACUUUUUGGAUCACAUGCACAACUGCCAUGCAGACUUCAGGGCCAAGCCAACAUUCUACUGCCUGAACUGUGGGGUGUCAGUGGUACGAUUCGAGGCCCUGGCUUUGCAUAACACUAAAGCCCACCCUGAAAUAAUGGAAGGUUUGAUCACUGCCUCCCUUCAGGUCAACAAAAGAGAUGGGUUGACCACCGUGGAGCAAAGUCUCUUUACAGACAGUGGAGAGGCCUACAGAGAAUCUGGGCUUUCCCUUACCAAAACACCCAUUGCAAAGAUGAUGAAGGCCAAGGGGGAACACAAAAAGAUAGUGGUUUCCCACACUGUGGAGGUACGGAAGAUAGAUCUCAGAAAAGAGGUAGACCUUAGCAUGUUGACAAAUGUGCCUGAACUCCAGAACGGGGCUCUCAUUGUUUCUGGUGUCCCAGCUAUGCCGAGGACCACUGUCACUAAUGUGAAUACAACGACAGUGUCCAAUCAGGUCUUUCACCAGCGCACUCCCUCCGUUUACACCUCUCCCACUUCCGAUUCCAAUAAAGACCUUCCAAAGGUGAUGAUCCCACUAAGCAGCAUCCCCACAUAUGAUGCUGCCAUGGACACCAGCAGCUUUCUCAAGACCUCCUUUGGCAAAUUCCCCUACCCAACCAAAGCCGAACUCUGCUAUCUAACAGUGGUCUCCGAGUUCCCCGAAGAGCAGAUCAAACUGUGGUUUACUGCCCAGAGGCUCAAACAGGGAAUAAGCUGGUCUCCUGAGGAGAUUGAAGAGGCCAGAAGGAAGAUGUUUAAUACCAUCUUCCAAGGAGGAGCACCUCGAAAACAGCCCUCCACACAACAUCAAAUCAGUCACAUUGUAACCCACCACACUAUUGCCGCCCAGCCAGCCCAGUCAUGCCCAGUGGGACCAAACUACCAGAUGGCUAAAGUUCCUUAUGGCAGUUUGAAAGGUAUGAGCCCUGCUGGAGUCAUAGCUACAAAGGCAAGCAUGUCAAGCAACCCCCAGGUCACCAGAGUCUCAUAUUCUGCCCCAGUUGUCCACCCAAAGUUCCAAUCUGUUGUCAGAACACAGGUACCAAACAAGAAUACUCUAACCACCCUGGAGCCAGACAAGAGCAAUGGCCUGGGCUUGGACAUGGCUGGAACCAGCGGUUGUGUCGGUAGCACUAGCAGCAGUCGAAGCAGCAGUAGCAGCAGUAGUUGCAGUAGUAGCAGCAGCAUUAGCAGUUAUUCCAGUAGUAGUAAUGGUGGUGAGACUCUGACGAGGAAAACCGGGAACAGCAACAGCCCAAAUAACACGAUCAACAGCAUCAUCACUUGCUCCACCAACAUUAGCAAUAAUGAUGAGCACUGCAUUGCUAACAGCAACAAUAAACCAAAUGGGAAAAUUAACAGUAUACCAGUAGGACUGGAGGCUUUCAACAGUAACAAGAGUAAAGUGAUCAUUGAUAACACCAGCAAAUCCAAUAUCAGCUAUAACAAUCAUAACAGCAGCAUCAGUCCACAGGAGCAGCUCCACGUCACAAAGGCGGAUGAUGAUGGCAACAACAACUAUAUUUACAUGACCAAAAAUGGCAGUAUUAGCAGUAACUGCCCCAGCACUACUUGUAAUGAAAGUGUCCCUAACCUGAAUCAUGCCAGCAAAUCCCCAAAUGAAAGCACCAGCACCACUGUCAUUACAAAAAGCAGCAGCAGCAGCAGCGUAUCUGUGAUAGAUGAGGCUAAAUGUACUAAGAACUUUUCUACAAAAGGCAUGUCAAUCUUACAGCAACUCAUUAAGGAGGAGGACUCCAAUGAAGGUGACAAGAACUGUCGAGAGCAAAAAGUUGACCCCAUCAAGAUCAAUUUAAAGAGGCUUAAGAUGAAUGAACCAGAGGUGAAAUCUGGUGCUGAGGUAGUACCUCACCAUCUCAAGCCGGAGAUGGCUGAGAUACAUACUUCUCAGCCAUCGUUCUCUCCCCACUGGGCCACAAAGACCCCUCAGCAGCUGCACAUCCUCCAGCAGGUGUUCUCUAACACCCACUGGCCCAGCAGCCAGCAGUACAAGGAGCUAAGUGUCAUGACAGGGCUGCCCAAGUCAGAGGUGGUGCGUUGGUUCAGUGACAGCCGCUACAGCCACAAGAAUGGCCAGCUGAAGUGGCUAGAAAACUACCAGUGCCCACCACAAGAUUCGGAUGAAGCAAAGACAUGCGGAGAUGGUGACAUCGAGAUGCCACAGGACCCUUUGAAGGCUCAAAGGAAACUCGUGGAGCAGGAAAUGAAUAAGCACCUUGAAGGAGAAGCAGGACUGAACUCGGAGCAGCGAGGGGUGUGGCAGGAUACAUACUCACCGCUGUUGAGCCUGAUGAAUUCAGAGGAGACUGGAGAGCAAGGGAGAGCUGGGGAGUCUGUGCAACCAAGAGCUUUGCAGGAUCCCUGGUCAGAGAGAGCAGAGGACCACCAGCAGCCAGUGGCGAGUCAAUCAUUCAUUGAGCAACAGAGUGACACCAGCCAGGCCAGGGAUCGCCUGAGAAUGGAGCUGCUGGAGGUGUGACGGAGAAGGCCCAAUCCCACCAGAGAAAAAAGGAUGGUUGGGCUGGCUCACUCCCCAGCUCUGGUCUCAAGUGUUCAUUAUGACAGCAGAUGUGAUUGUAGCUGGACCGCUGGAUUCUGACUAACUGUGAAUACCCCCCACCCAUCCUCCUCUUCCAUCACGUCCUGCCACCGUCAAAAAGAGAGAACGUCUCACCUUUGAGUUCUGUGAUGUUUAAGCUUUUCAUGCUUCUUUGUGGUUGUGUGGGGAGGGUGCACAAUGAGGUCAGUGCGAGGGAUCAGACACGAGAGAGGAAAAGAGAAAAGAAACUGACUUAACUGAGGGAAGAUAGUAGGCAAGGGAUGAGAGCUGUUGGUUUUGGGAAGAGGAAGAAAUGUUAAAUGAAUGAAACUGCACUAUAAAAGAGGGUUUGUACUGACUGGACAAACGUGUCGAGGAAAAUGUUAUUGUUGGCUUUGUGAUAUUUUUUACUUUUUAAGCAACCAGUACUUCAGCACUGCCUUGAAUUUUACUUUUUUCCGUUAUUCAGUUUUUCAAUUCUAUUUACUCUAUAGUCACUGUAAGUCCAGAUGCAAUCAAACAUGUUUUAUUUAGAUCUGUAUAAAUGUUGGUGAUCACUUAGCAGUUCAACUACACGCAAGAAACUAUAUACAUAGAAUGCACUAAUGAAUACAGCAAUGCUAAAAAUCACACUGCCCCAGAGUAAAGAUAUUGACAACAAGAUCAAUACACUACACUGCCCUGCAAACUGAACAGAGAAGCCUGUCACGCUAACGUUGCCUUACUCAGCUCUGUCCGUGUGUUGGUAUGACCCGUUUGCCCAUCACCUUGCUUACCAGCUACUGUGCUGUCCAAAAAAAGUUGCCAGUGCAUCAAGUGGUCACUGUUGGUCUAUAUCUGUGAAAUUAAAUCUUGUGCUGCUUUCUGUACACUUGGAAAUGUUUUAAGCUGUAAUUGUAUCUAAUAUUGUUCCUGGCAAAAUGUUGUUAAAGGCAAAACUUAUCAAUUUGAUCCCUAGACACUGACAGAGUGAGAUAUUGUGCUAGCUAGAGAGCCAAAAUGAGGAGAGCUUUCCUCUCCUGAAUUUUCUUGUUCAUAUAAACAUACAGUCACUACAUGAAUCCUAUUAAGCUGCAUCUUUGUCAAGCUGCUAAUAGCUAUGAACGGUGCUAUACCAUCCAAAGUGAAAUUGGAGGUUGACCUCCUACCAGCAGUGUAUGCACUUGUGUCGAAUGUUACAAAAUUUAUUUUAGUUUGAGAAAUGAAAUCUGGACUUACGGUGUAAUGAUCACUUAAAACUUUUAUGAAAUACUCUGAUCAUAAAGCACUGUUGUAUCAUCCUUUCUACACUUCUGAAUCUUUACAGAAUAAACAGAAUAUUCA